GAACAAAAUUGAGCGCCAACUGGCCACAUUGCGGGGCAGCAGCGGUUAAAAUAUUAAUCAGAAAAAGUCGACAAAAACGUUGUAACGGUCAAUCGCUUGGGGCUGAUUCUGCAUUCUAAGCCAUGAUGUGCGCGCGUAUCAACGACACCGCAAACGCCCAGUCCUCAAAGUGAAUUGGCAAUUGCAUUAUUAUUAUUUUUUUUUUGAUUACCAACCGCCUCACACUUACAUUAAUCACCCACACACACACAGCCAGUCAUACACGCGACGCAUAGUGAAAAAUUGCAAUAAAAAAAAAAAAAAGCGUCUACAAGGAAAUAGCCGUGUGGGAAAAUCGAUAGAUUUUCAGCCGCCGUUUAAAUUGUGUUGGUUCCCAGCAUUAAUUCAUUGUGCUUUCAACGAUCUGUCGGUGUUUAGUUGAUAUUCUGAAAAAAUAUAUAAGUGUUUUUUUUUUACUGCUGGUGCAAAGUACGCUCUCCGAAAUUGGCAAGAGCGGUCAACCGGUGAAGAGAGGUGAACAUAAAACCAAAAAAAAAAAAAAGUGUAAAAACGGGGAGCCGAUGAGGAAAAAUUAGCAAAGCACUACAUUUAUAAAUAUAUGUAUAUUUCAUACAAAUAUCGCAAAUAUUAAUGAACCUGUGCUACUGCGGCGGCGGCGGCGGUGGCGGUGAUACAAACAACAACAACAACAACAGAGCGAAACAGCAUUGACAAAAAUUUCUAAUACGAAAAAAAAAAUACAAAAAUAAACCAAACAAAUCGGCGCCGCUGGCAACAAGAAGAGUAUCACCCUGGCCCAAAGGAACCCCAUCUCACACACGGGCGAGAGAGCCAGAGAGAGAGAGUGCUGGUGGUAACACGCGGGAGAGCGGCAAGAUUGAAAGAGAGCGACGAACGCAUCUUGAGACCGCGUCAUCGAUAUAUAUCUUCUAUAUCUUCAAUUGUUUACACGAGUUUGUAUAAUUUUCGCGGCAGCAGCGGCACACCCAACGGCCCAAAAGGGAACAAGGAAAACAGAGAGAGAGAGAGAGCAAGUGAGAGAGAAGCCCAAGAAGGAAAAACAGGCAACUUCCUUCUCCUCUUCUCCCCCCCUCCUGCUGGCACUUCCACUUCCUUCCUCCCACUCCCGGCUGGCAUGGAGAGCAUGAAAUGUCUGAGGCGGAAUCAGAGCUGAGAGUCUCAAAUGUUAGCAAAGUGGAAGAAUCCUAGUCCUAGACCAUUAUUGCGGAGAAGCCAGCCCAGGAUUAGCAGUGAUAGCCAGUGACUGGGUUAACUUCCAAACCGCAGGUAUAUUACUGGAAAAAAAGCUCAAAACCCGAAGGAUAUAAAAAGAAUAAGACUCUCAUCAUCUAAAAAAAACGAACGAAAAAUAAAAAAUAAAAAAUAAAAAAACGAACGAACGAACAAAAAGCCGCACACUUAAGAUAGAGAAGCCAUCCAGCCAGCCAGGAUUUGUAAUCCAGGAUGAACUCCACCACAAAGCAUCUGCUGCACUGCACACUGCUCAUCACUGUGAUAGUUACCUUCGAAGUAUUCUCCGGCGGUAUUAAGAUCGACGAGAACUCGUUCACGAUCGUCGAUCCAUGGACUGAAUACGGCCAGGUGGCCACAGUUCUGCUGUACUUACUCCGCUUUCUGACGCUCCUCACGCUGCCCCAGGUGCUGUUCAACUUUUGCGGCCUGGUCUUCUAUAAUGCCUUCCCCGAGAAGGUCGUCCUCAAGGGCAGCCCCCUCCUGGCGCCCUUCAUCUGCAUCCGGGUGGUAACUCGCGGUGAUUUUCCCGAUCUGGUCAAGACCAAUGUCCUGCGGAAUAUGAACACGUGUCUGGACACUGGGUUGGAGAAUUUCCUUAUUGAAGUGGUGACCGAUAAGGCGGUGAAUCUGGCGCAGCAUCGUCGCAUCCGUGAGAUCGUUGUCCCCAAAGAGUACAAGACGCGUACGGGCGCCCUCUUCAAGUCCCGGGCCCUGCAAUACUGCCUCGAGGAUAAGGUGAAUAUCCUGAACGACAACGAUUGGAUUGUCCAUCUGGAUGAGGAGACUGUGCUCACCAAGAACUCGGUGCGUGGCAUCAUUAACUUUGUCCUCGAUGGUAAGCAUCCCUUCGGUCAGGGUCUGAUCACGUACGCCAAUGAGAAUGUGGUCAACUGGCUGACGACGCUGGCGGAUAGCUUCCGGGUCUCCGAUGACAUGGGCAAGCUACGGCUACAGUUCAAGCUCUUCCACAAACCGCUCUUCAGCUGGAAGGGCAGCUAUGUGGUCACCCAGGUGGCAGCUGAACGUUCCGUGUCCUUUGACAAUGGCAUCGAUGGCUCUGUGGCCGAGGAUUGCUUCUUUGCGAUGCGCGCCUUCAGUCAGGGCUACACCUUCAACUUUAUCGACGGCGAGAUGUACGAGAAGUCCCCCUUCACCAUGCUGGACUUCCUCCAGCAACGGAAGCGUUGGCUCCAAGGCAUCCUGCUGGUGGUGCACUCCAAGAUGAUACCCUUCAAGCACAAGCUAUUGCUCGGCAUCAGUGUCUAUUCGUGGGUGACCAUGCCCUUCUCCACAUCGAACAUUAUAUUCGCUGCCGUGUAUCCGAUACCGUGUCCCAAUCUGGUGGACUUUCUGUGCGCCUUUAUAGCGGCCAUUAAUAUCUAUAUGUAUGUGUUUGGGGUGAUCAAGUCCUUUUCGUUAUAUCGCUUUGGAUUGUUCCGGUUUUUGGCCUGUGUCCUGGGUGCGGUGUGUACGAUACCGGUGAAUGUGGUGAUCGAGAAUGUGGCCGUCAUAUGGGGAUUAGUGGGCAAGAAGCACAAGUUCUAUGUUGUCCAAAAGGAUGUACGUGUACUGGAGACAGUCUAGAAGGAGAGUCAUCAUCAUGGAGAGCAUCAAGUCAUCAUUAUAGCCAUCGUAGCAUCCUCAGCAAAAAAAAAACCAAAAGAAACCAAAACAAGAAUGCAA